AAAAAUUAAAAAAAGAAAAAAGAAACACUUUCAUGCUUCAGUAAAAAGAUCUUAGUUUUAAUCUACAAAAUCUAGAGAAUUUGGUGAGAAUAAGGAAAACAGGUCGUGGGUUCGUUUCAUCCUUCGGUAAAGAAGACAAGAAAGAUGAACGGCGGCCCGUCUGGUUUUAACAAUGCGCCAGUAACCAGAACAUUUGUCAUCGCUUGUGCCAUUUUCACCCUUUCCUUUGGGAUCCAAGGUGGCUUUAGAAAGCUUGGAUUAUCUUAUCAGGAUAUUUUUGGGAAGCUGCGAAUUUGGAAGCUUAUCGCUUCUGUUUUUGCCUUUUCAUCUACACCAGAACUUUUGUUUGGAUUAUAUCUUCUAUACUAUUUCAGGGUCUUUGAGAGACAGAUAGGUUCCAAUAAGUACUCGGUCUUUAUUUUAUUCUCUAUUGCAAUUUCGUUAGUCUUUGAGGUCCUUGCACUAGGACUCCUUAAAGAUCCCACAGCAAACCUUCUCACAUCAGGACCAUAUGGCGUUAUAUUUGCUUCAUUUGUACCAUUUUUCUUUGACAUUCCUGUAUCAACACGGUUUCGUGUCUUUGGUGUUCGCUUCUCUGACAAAUCUUUCGUAUACCUAGCUGGUCUUCAGCUGCUUUUAUCAUCCUGGAAGAGAUCUGUUUUACCCGGAAUGUGUGGUAUCUUUGCUGGAUCAUUAUACCGUCUCAAUCUCUUGAGCAUACGGAAGGCCAAGUUCCCAGAGUUUAUAACUUCAUUCUUCUCGCGGCUUGCUUGGCCAUCUUCUGGAAGUCCACGUGGAGCAACAACUAGGAGUAUCCCAGGAAGUGCACCAUCGUACCCAGGUCGACAUGUGGAGAGAACCUAUCCUAUUCCCAUGGUUCCUUCAGAGCCACCAGAGGACUCAAUUGCCACUUUGGUUUCUAUGGGUUUUGACAGAAAUUCAGCUAGACAAGCACUUGUUCAAGCCAGAAAUGAUAUAAAUGCAGCAACAAACAUCCUUCUUGAAGCACAGUCCCAUUGAUUCAUGUAAGUUAAUGCUGUGAAAAUGAGGGAAUGUUCAGUUGGGAGAUGAACCCAUUAGUCUCGAGGCACAGUGAUCUAACAGAUGUCCCUACCAAUCUGAUGAAUAGGCUGAUAUAUUUUCCAGAAUUAAUCAAGUGCUCCUAUCAUCAAUUUUUUGGAGCAUUUUUCUUAGUUUUUGGUUCCCUGUUGAUUUUGAAGUAGUAUUUAGUUUUAAGAUUAGUAUUCUUACACCAGUAUCAACAGAACUUAUGCUGUACAAUUGUUUACAGGUCAUUGGAGAACCAUAAAGCAAGUACAUAGUUGCCUUUUCUGAGGUGCAGCCCCUUUGUGUAAUUGUUUUUUAUUUUUUUUCUCGACAUCUGAUUAAAGGAUAAGUCCGCAUAAAUUAUCUAUUUGUAACUUUGUAACAAAGGGUGUAUUUGACAUUGAAGUUGGAAAAUCAUUUCAUUUUCUUUUGA